AUGCCCCGACCGAAAGCUGCCGGCGACCAACGCCCUCUACCGGCCACCCCACGCAGUGCUGACAGACGCCAACAGAGACGCCGCUCGACGCCUUCCGGCAGGACAAGGCGAAGUCUGGACGCCCUGGAGGCUGACAAGGAGAACCAGUUCACUUCAACGCCUAUCAAGGGCGAAGCUUUGGGAGGAGGUUUGAGAGAUGUUACCUGCAGACGGCAAACGCCUCUCGUCGACGAAGAAAUCCAAGGCCUCCAAAAAGCUUAUCCACACACCUCCCAGUAGCCCUAGACAUCGUCACAAAAAGAAAAAGGACUGCAUCACAGCUCACUAUUACGAUUUCCUUAGCGCUGACAGUCUGGCCAGCAAUUAUUUUCGACCUCUGGAAACUGUCGAUUCCCACAUUGAAGGUAUCCUGGAUGAUAUCGGUUGCAGCUGUAAAUCCAAACAAGUGGCAGAUACGUACGCUCCAACUCUACCAACAUUUACCUCUGAAUAUUCUCCUUGUGCUACUAGAACAACUCACUGUCUCGAAACUUUAAAUAGAAAUAGUAGCAAAAAGGUCCCAGUUAUCGCCAAGAUCCUGGAUGAGGUACCUCCAACAACUAAACCUAGAAUAGACCAUGUUGAAGACUUUUUGCACCAGAUAUCAUUCAUUACGUCUCCCGAGUCCCCUUUCAACCAGAAUAGAAAUAAAGUAACACCUCUAGUCAAAAGAAUUUUAGAUUUUAAGUUUAGCAAGUGUGCAGAAGAACAAAAC